CGUUGACAAGUUUUCCCCCCAUUCGCCGCCGUUAACUUCUCGUGAGCAUGGUGGCACAUCGAUAUGCUGGUUUCGCAGGCAUCGUUGUGGCGUCGUCUGCCACAACACCCACGCCUACUGCAGGAUUCACGUCGCCGUUCAAUCUGCAAACAUGCGGGGCCCUGGUGGCCAGCGCCACGUACAGAUCCCUCGCAAAUAUGAACGCAGUCGCAUGUGCGCAAGAUGUACCGGAGUUUGUUCCUGGUGGUGGCGGCACUGGUCAAAGCGGCCUCACACGCCUUGGAAAGGUCCCCAUCUCGAGUGCAACGAUUUCCAGAGUGCUGGCGUCAACUGCCUGCCGGUUGUGGUAUGGCAAUUUGGCCAUGUCGAUAGUCAACACGUCCCCGCCCUGCACCUACACGGACGUCCUCGCCGGCCAAACAGUGGCCACCAACAGGUACACGACCUCCAUGGCUGCCUACAUCACCCUUGUCAACGAUCGGGCGAUUCAAAAUGCGGCAAACUCGACGCAGGAAACCACGGAUGCUCCUCCAACCAUUAUGUUUCCCCCCGGAGUGGGGAACACGGCAGCCACCUUCGGUAUCACCCUAGCGUCUGUAUUAAUUGCUGUGUUGGCAGCCCUGGCGUAGUUUAUUUGCCUAUAAACGAGCCAACCAAGUUGUAACACGAACCCAAUAAUAUACUGGGUUGCAGUCGU